AUGGGCGCUUCGAACAGGACACAUCACUUCCUCGAAGGCAAGACCAUUUUCGUGGCGGGCUCGGGCGUCGCCGGCGCCGCCUUUGUCGCGGGCUUGCACAAACUCUGGGACCCAGCAUGGAAGACCCCAACAGUUGUCGUCUUCGACCGCGAUCCCGCGGAUGAGGGGCUGCGCCGUGAGUCCGAAAAUUACAGCCUAUCCAUUUCUGGACACACAGAGGCCGGCGGUCUCGUGGCCCUCAUGAAGCUGGGCCUCCUUGACCAGGUCUUUGCCAGAUCCGUCUCCGGUGUCGGCGGCUCUGGGUGUUUCAAGAUCUGGGGCCCGGACUGGAGCGAAAAGGUGCGGGCGGCCAGACAGCCACUGUACGACCUGCCCACCGCGAGCGUUCGCAUAACUCGCAAGAACCUGCGGCGUGUGCUCUGCAACGCGAUCGAGGCAUGGGAGCAUAGCGACGUCGAGUGGGAUUCGCAAUGCCUGAGCGUGACGCGGCUGGAAAGUGGGCGACUGAGUGUCCAGGUUCGACGAGGACAAGGGGAGACGUCGCACAUCUUGAGCCAAGAAUGUGACUUGCUCGUGGCGGCAGACGGAGCCAGCAGCAAGCUUCGGGCGUGUCUCCGUCCGGAAGACAGGCUCGAAUACACAGGAGCGACGCUCAGAGGGGGGCUCUCGGAGAUGAAGGAAGGCCUCCCCGCGCCCAUCAACAAGGACUGGGGUUUCGUGGUGGGCGGCGAUGGCGUCGUGGGCUUCGUUUCCCCUGUCGACGAACACACUGUCAUGUGGGCGGUGGGCAAUCAUGAACGAGAACCUCUGCCCCAGCUCGACCGCACCUCGUAUCAGGACGUCCAGGCCGUCAUAUCUCGUGGCGGCCAGCUGAGCUCAGAAUUAAAAGAGCCCUUUCAGACAAUCGUUUCGCAGACCGAUCCCGACACGGUCAUGUACAUCAGCGCUCAUGACAAGAUGCCGUUCAGGCAUGAUCAAGAUGCGAUCGAGGACCUGCCCGUCAUCUUCAUCGGAGACAGCAACCACGCGCUCAGCCCUUUUGCCGGCUCUGGCGCCAACCUCGCGCUAUGCGAUGCUUGGGACCUGGCCGCGCAGCUCUGUCUUGGGGGUUCGUUGUCCGAAGCCGUGGCCGCAUACGACGAGCUGAGCGAGCCGCGGGCAAGGAAGAUUAUCGAGGCCUCAAGAAGGAGCAUGCGAGCGCGAAAAAAUACGGGAUGGCGGUACUCGUUGUUUUCUUACAUGCUGUGGGUCGGUAGUUGUGUGCGCUGGAUGCUCGAAAUGUUCAAGAGGCGGUAGAGUCGGGCCGCAAUGUCGUCGUGCUGAUGCGUGGUUGAGCGUAUCAUCAGGGCUUGAGAGUUAAGAGGAGC